CGUGGCGUCGGCGUUGGGGGGAGGAGCGUGGCGUCGGCGUCGUGGGGAGGAGCGUGGCGUCGGCAUGGUCACAGCACAGCCCUCCCCUGGCUGCCUCCAAGGAGUCUCCAGCUACUGAGUGGCCACUCCAUGCCAGCUCAGCCCACCCCUCACCUUCCCAGUGCCUGUGGAGGCCCAACUAGGGUGACGCUGGGAGAGGAGAGGGCUUGGAGGAGCCACGGGUCAAAUGCAGGAGGCCACACCUGCCUGCCCAGGAGGACUGCAGGAGCCGGAUCCUUAACACCUGGAGGGGAGCGGGGGGGCAACAACGCCGGCCACACAGUGGUGGUGGAUGGGAAGGAGUACGACUUCCACCUGCUGCCCAGCGGCAUCAUCAACACCAAGGCCGUGUCCUUCAUUGGCAACGGGGUGGUCAUCCACUUGCCAGGCUUGUUUGAGGAAGCAGAGAAGAAUGAAAAGAAAGGCCUGAAGGACUGGGAGAAGAGGCUCAUCAUCUCUGACAGAGCCCACCUUGUGUUUGAUUUUCACCAGGCUGUCGACGGACUUCAGGAAGUGCAGCGCCAGGCACAAGAGGGGAAGAAUAUAGGCACCACCAAGAAGGGAAUCGGACCAACCUACUCUUCCAAAGCUGCCCGGACAGGCCUCCGCAUCUGCGACCUCCUGUCAGAUUUUGAUGAGUUUUCCUCCAGAUUCAAGAACCUGGCCCACCAGCACCAGUCGAUGUUCCCCACCCUGGAAAUAGACAUUGAAGGCCAACUCAAAAGGCUCAAGGGCUUUGCUGAGCGGAUCAGACCCAUGGUCCGAGAUGGUGUUUACUUUAUGUAUGAGGCACUCCACGGCCCCCCCAAGAAGAUCCUGGUGGAGGGUGCCAACGCCGCCCUCCUCGACAUUGACUUCGGGACCUACCCCUUUGUGACUUCAUCCAACUGCACCGUGGGCGGUGUGUGCACGGGCCUGGGCAUCCCCCCGCAGAACAUAGGUGACGUGUAUGGCGUGGUGAAAGCCUAUACCACACGUGUGGGCAUCGGGGCCUUCCCCACCGAGCAGAUCAACGAGAUUGGAGACCUGCUGCAGACCCGCGGCCACGAGUGGGGAGUGACCACAGGCAGGAAGAGGCGCUGCGGCUGGCUCGACCUGAUGAUUCUAAGAUAUGCUCACAUGGUCAACGGAUUCACUGCGCUGGCCCUGACGAAGCUGGACAUCCUGGACGUACUGGGUGAGGUUAAAGUCGGUGUCUCAUACAAGCUGAACGGGAAAAGGAUUCCCUAUUUCCCAGCUAACCAGGAGAUGCUUCAGAAGGUCGAAGUUGAGUAUGAAACGCUGCCUGGCUGGAAAGCAGACACCACAGGCGCCAGGAGGUGGGAGGACCUGCCCCCGCAGGCCCAGAACUACAUCCGCUUUGUGGAGAAUCACGUGGGAGUCGCAGUGUGUAUCGUAACAGUCUUUUCUGCUCUCUCAGUCAAAUGGGUUGGUGUUGGCAAGUCAAGAGAGUCGAUGAUCCAGCUGUUUUAGUCGCAGACUGAGCUGAUCCCAACAGGCCCUGGCAGCGUCUGGACUUGUGUAAACAGCAGCAGUCACGUUCCUCGGCUGCCACAACCAACACCAAAGCAGGAAAACCAUUUUCUGUACUUUUAUAUUUCUGUUCAACCUGUUGGUUUCUACAAUGAUUUUAAACAUUGGAAAGCCAGCCUUGUGUAUAUUUUUAAAAAUUAUAUUCAAAAUGAGCCAAAGUGCUCAAAGACCUUCUAUGACACAUUAGUGUCACAUGGUUGCGUGUCCAGCCGAAGCAGCGUAAUAAACAUCUCCAAUGGCCACUGAA